AUGUCUUCUUCGGCUCGAUUAACUCUCUGGCUUCGGUGUGGAGUUGAUGGCGUUCGACCAUGUGGGGACCCAUCCUCACAUUAUCUAUUUAUGCUUUUACUUUUGAAAGCAAAAACUGAUCCUCGUUUAAAAUUCGAUGUUCGAACUUUGAACGAGUCCAAACCACCCCCAGAAUUCCGUGAGACUGGUGCUCGGCGCGCUCCUGCUUUACAAGUCUCUGAGGAAACAGCAUUCUCUCACGAGGAUGACAUUUUGGAAGAAAUAGAUUGUUAUGAGCCAACAAAAUGCUCAGACGAGGACGCAGAAAACGCAAUCGCUGAUCUCUUCCGCAGCUUUGCAUUUUAUAUUAAAGAUGUUAAAGACAGUAAAGGUUUAUCAACGGAACUCUACAGAUUGGAUGAAUAUCUUUCCGCUAAUGAGCAUAAAUUUCUUAGUGGCGACGAGGUGACAUCAUUGGAUUGUCUUUUACUUCCUCGUUUACACUCCAUCAGAAUAGCUGCAAAGGCUUUGAAAGAUUACGAUUUUCCCAGUGAUUUGACCCACGUAAAACGAUACUUGAACAAUGGUUAUCAGCUCGACAUGUUCCGAACCAGCUGCCCAUGUGAUCAGGAAAUAAUAUUGCAUUGGAUUGACCGGCCAGGUACUACACCAAUCUGUUCAGCAAAACGAUCUCAGAUAUCUCGUCAAGAACCUAAGUAUUCAUUUUCCAUUUAA